AUGCGCGCCGCGCAGAGCUGGGCGCUGCUGGCCCUGCUGCCCCUGGCGCUGCCCGCCCCGCGGCUGCCGCUGCUGCCGCACGGCCCGGAGCGCGGCGACGCGGCGCUGGAGCCCGGAGACGAUGCGCGCUCGGCGGCGCUGGAGCUGAGCGCGGCGCUGCGCUUCUACGGCACCGCCGUCCGCUCCCUCUACGUUGCCACUAAUGGGAUUAUUGCAGUGAAUGAACCUUCAAGUGAAGAAAAGUAUCUUGGUCAAUUUCCAGUCAGUUUUGGGGCUAUUGCUCCUUUUAUGGCUGACCUGGACACAACAGGUGGACGUGGAAAUGUGUAUUACAGAGAAGAUUCAUCCUCAGAUGUCUUGCAACUUGCAUCAGACUAUAUCAAAAGAGGCUUUCCUGAGACUACUUUUGAUCCCAGCAGUGUUGUCAUUGUUACCUGGAAGCUCGUGGCUCCUUACCAGGCACCAGGAGAAGAUCAUGCUUUGGAAGAAAAGAGAAACACAUUCCAGGCUGUUUUAGCCUCUUCUGACUCCAGUUCCUAUGCUAUUUUCCUUUAUCCAGAAGAUAGUUUGCAGUUCUAUAGUACAUACACCAAGAAUGAUGAUGGAAAGAUUCCUGCUAUGGUUGGCUUUAGUCAAGCCUCUACAAACUACUACUUUUGGGAAAAGCCAGGAUCCUACAACGUGAUUGCUAAUGAUGAAGACAGCAUUAGAAACCUGCACCAAAGCAGCAAUGCUGGGAAGCAGGGUGUCUGGGUGUUCGAGAUUGGGAGCUCGUCUGACAGUAUUGUGCCUGCCAAGAUCAGCAAUGUUUUGGAGACUGUAGAGACUGAUGAACAAGACCAGGAGAUGACUUCAAAACCUUUUAUGUCAGACUAUGGCUCCACUGAAAUAAGACAGCAGCAUGUCACCAGUAGCAUGGACAGCACAGAAGAGGAUCAGCUCCACGUUACGUACAGUGUUCCUCAGCUAGCUACAGAAGACUUUCUGACUUCAUACCAAGAUGUGACGGGAACACCUUCAACUGAUUCUUUUUAUAGUCAUCAAGAUUUCCCAACAGCGAAAGCUCCACCUCGCCAGUUCCACGUCCAGCAGUUCCCCCCACAGCAACCCCAAGUCAUAGAUGUGGAAGAAUUUGAUGAAACUGGUAUAGUGUUUCGCUACCACACAGAUGUCCAACAGACCUGUGCCAACAACCGCCACCAGUGCUCUGUUCAUGCUGUUUGCAAAGAUUAUCCCAACGGGUUUUGUUGCAGCUGUAUUGCUGGUUACAAAGGAAAUGGCAGACAAUGUGUAGCAGAAGGUUCACCUCAGAGAGUCAAUGGGAAAGUCAAAGGAAGAAUCUUUAUAGGAAAUAACCCCAUUCCAGUUAUGUUUGAGAACACUGAUCUCCACUCCUAUGUUGUGAUGAACCAAGGGCGUGCCUACACUGCUAUCAGCACAAUCCCAGAGACUUUGGGGUAUUCUUUACUGCCUCUUGCCUCUAUUGGAGGUAUCAUAGGAUGGAUGUUUGCUGUGGAACAGCAAGGAUAUAAAAAUGGAUUCAGUGUUACUGGUGGGGAGUUUACACGGCAAACUGAAGUGACUUUUCUUGGCAACAACGAGAAGCUGGUUAUAAAGCAGAAGUUCAGUGGAAUUGAUGAGCAUGGUCACCUUACCAUCAGCACAGAGAUGGAGGGCAGAAUACCUGAGAUCCCAUCUGGUGCAUCAGUCCAUAUAGAGCCAUACACUGAACUCUAUCACACUUCUAGUUCUGUGAUCACUUCAUCGUCCACCAGGGAGUACACGGUGACAGAGCCAGAAAGGGAUGGGGUUGCACCCACCUACACGGGUGCCUAUCAGUGGCGACAGACCAUCUCGUUUGAUGAAUGCAUUCAUGAUGACUCUCACCAUGCUGCUUCUGCCACUCAGCAGCUCUCAGUGGACAGUGUAUUUGUCCUGUAUAACCGAGAUGAGCAGAUUCUGCGAUACGCUAUGAGUAAUUCCAUCGGCCCAAUCAGUGAUGGUUCUGCUGAUAUUAACCGGAAUCCUUGCUACACUGGUACCCAUAACUGUGACACCAAUGCAGCGUGUCGUCCGGGAACUGGAAACCGUUUCUUCUGUGAAUGUUCAGUUGGCUUCCGUGGAGAUGGAAACGUUUGUUACGACAUUGAUGAAUGCUCCGAGCAGCCAGCUCUAUGUGGCAGCAAUGCAGUCUGCAAUAACCAGCCGGGGACCUACCGCUGUGAGUGUGUUGAAGGAUACCAGUUUGCAGCAGAUGGGCGGACUUGUGUUGCUGUUGAGUACGUCGUAAACCAUUGCCAGGCAGGCACACACAGUUGUGACAUUCCUCAGCGUGCUCAGUGUGUGUACACUGGAGGGUCCACCUACAUCUGCACCUGCCUCCCUGGCUUCUCUGGAGAUGGGCAUGCCUGUGAGGAUGUAGAUGAAUGUCAACAGGGCCGCUGUCAUCCAGAUGCUUUCUGCUACAACACUCCUGGGUCCUUCAGCUGCCAGUGUAAGGCAGGUUAUCGCGGGGAUGGUUUCCGGUGUGUGUUAGGAGAAGUGGAAAAGACCAAAUGCCAGCGUGAACGAGAAGUAGCUCUUGGAAGUGGAGGAACUUUCUUUCCAAGGGAAAUAAGAGUUGGUCAGUUCAUUCCCCAGUGUGAUGAGCAUGGGAAUUACCUCCCCACUCAGUGCCAUUCUAGUAGUGGAUAUUGUUGGUGUGUGGAUAGGGAUGGAAAUGAGAUUGAUGGCACCAGAAGCAGCCCAGGAGUUCGACCUCCAUGUCUGAGCACAGCUACUCCUCCUGUUGUUAUUGGGCCCUCUGUUCGACCAGAUACGGUACCUCUGCCACCAGGAACACACUUGCUCUUUGCCCAAAGUGGUAAAAUUGAACACGUUCCACUAGAGGGAAACAAUAUGAAGAAAAAUGGCGCAAAAGCACUCUUGCAUAUUCCAGACAAAGUUGUUAUUGGAGUUGCUUAUGAUUGCACAGACAAAAUGGUUUAUUGGACAGACAUCAGUGGCCCUUCGAUCAGCAGGGCCAGCCUGCAUGGUGGGGAGCCAACGACCAUCAUCAAAACAGACUUGGGAAGCCCUGAAGGGAUAGCUGUAGACCAUCUAGGUCGCAACAUCUUCUGGACUGACUCUCAACUGGAUAGAAUAGAAGUGGCGAGGCUGGAUGGGCGCCAGCGUCGCAUCCUCUUUGACACUGGCUUGGUGAACCCCAGGGCGAUUGUUGCAGAUCCUGUGAGAGGAAACUUGUACUGGACUGACUGGAACAGAGAAGCUCCUAAAAUUGAAACCUCAUACAUGGAUGGCACAAACAGAAGAAUUCUUGUUAAAGAUGAUCUGGGGUUACCAAAUGGACUGACAUUUGAUCCUUAUUCCUCAAUGCUUUGCUGGGUAGAUGCAGGUACCAAGAGGCUGGAAUGCAUGAACCCUAAUCAGUUUGGUCGACGAAAGAUCGUUGAAGGAAUUCAGUAUCCUUUUAGUGUUACAAGCUAUGGGAAGAAUUUAUACUACACAGACUGGAGAAGGGAUGCUGUUGUAGCAGUGGAUCGCACGAUUUCCAUGGAAAAGGAUAACUUCCAGCCUCACAAGCGCUCCCGUCUCUAUGGAAUCACUACAGCCUUCGCUCAGUGCCCAGGAGGACACAACUACUGUACAGUGAAUAAUGGUGGUUGUACUCACCUCUGCUUGGCUACUCCUGGAGGCCGUUCUUGCCGCUGCCCUGACAACACAGUUGGAGUGGAUUGUAUAGAAAGAAACUGAGCAUUAAAAUAAGCUUUAGAGCAGCAGACACCUUUGGAAAUGUGCUGUAAACAAUUCAGUCCUAUCAACACAAUCAGGCCCUAAAGAUAAGUGCUCCAUGCUGCUGACAUCAAGCCGCAAUGCACAUAUGCAGACACACACACAGGCAGUGCCUGUUUUUAGCCGUUAGACAAGACAGAACAGACCCAGUUGGGUCCAACCGCAUUUUGUUCCUUGUAAUGUCAUCUCCUUGCUUUUAAAGGUAGAUAUUGGAGGUCUUAGUUGCAUCUGUGCUGGGCUAAGAGGAUGUGUCUCUUGGCAAAUUUGAAGUAACAAAUAGGGAACAGAGUAAAGCAGAUGGCACGACUCGAAUCCUGAGACUGGGUUGUAUCUCCAAGUAUGCAGCAGUUAUCUGCAAGUGGCAUGCUCAGCCUAUCACAUAGGUGACUGGGCCAUAUCUCUAGCUAAGAAGCAACAAGGAAGUCCCAAAGAUUAACAGAUGGGAGUAGGAACACAAAGCAAUACGAAAGAUUUAAUGCCUAGCUGCAUUCCUUUCCGCUACUAGUCCCUCCAUUUCCAAAACUUGAAUCUCAACUUUUGACUCUUGUAUCACAGAAAUACUUAAUCUAUGUGCUGUGAGGGUAGUUCUCACUCUAGCUCAUGUGAUCCUUUCCCACAACACAUGAUUGUUUAUAAAUAAUCAGCAUUGCUUAGUGGAUGUAUUUGAAGUUUUUGUUGGAUUUUAAGAGAUUUAUUUUCUUCUGUCUGAGGUGGAUUCCUGAUUAGUUUCUUAAAAUCCACUAAACAAACCUUAGAUAUAGAUUUUAACUGCUGAUAGUUCAUUGAAGAGUGGUUGUUGAUUCAUUUGAAGGUGUUUGUCUUUAAAGAGGCAUGCAGUCACAUUUGUUUUCUGAGAGCUUUAAAAAUAAUAUUUCUAGGUUUGAUUCCAUGAACCUGAAAGUGGUCUUCAAAUUCUAUCCUAGCAGACUUUCUUCUUUAGCAAAUCAUGCCAUGCCUUUUUGUAGACCAUGAGAAACCAUGGCAGUUAAAAAUCUGGUUUCCAGAAAGGUGAGCUGUGUCUUGGUGCUUAAAAAAAAAAAGCUACUGCUGCCCCAUUUUUGUGCCCAUGUUCAGUAACAGCAAAAAGGUGUGCAACAUCAACAAGCAAAGCUGAUGUUUUCAUCAUCGCCAGUAAGUCUGGAACAGGGAGGGAAAAUUAAAAUGCAUAUCCUUGUGUCAAAUUAGCAGUACAAAUCUGGGAGUGAAGACUGGCUUCCACACUGUGUGUUGGGAAGGAAGCUUACUCGCAAGCCAACCUGCAGCUGCAGAACAAAACAGGGCUUGUGAGGCUUCUGCCAGAGCGCAGUUCACAAUGUUGUGAUCAGAGCAGUAAGCUAGUGCCCCCAUUUCCCAUCUCCCUCUUCAGACACAACAGUAACAGUUCUAAACAGAGCCAAUUCUGAGUCUUAACUGUGUGACAUCUUCCUCUUUAAUUCUGUAUUUAUCAUAAAAUAGCAAAGUAUAUAAACAUUUUAAAGAUUUUUUGUAUAACUUUUUAUAACUUCUAGUUCAUUUUAUUCGUACACUUAAUCAGGUAUGUCUUACUGUAAAUAUAAAAAAUGUGUUGAAAUGAAGGUGCUUAAUAACUCUCCAGAAUUAUUCACGUAUCUGGUGGAAUAUUAAAGUUUACACUCUGUACAGGUAUCUACAGUACAGUCAAUAAAAAUUUUGGUUUUUAUUUUCUAUAAAAAAAGAAAGUCAUGCCUGCAGAAGGAAGUGAUAUUGGUGUCUCAAAUCUUUUUUACUGGUUGCCAACUCUAGCUAAACUUUGUCAAGUAAGCAUAAUUCAGUUUUACCGUACUUCAGACUUCUAUGUUAGUGGAAAUAUAGGGCCAGGACUAGAUUAAAUAGGGGACAGAAUUUGUCCCUCUGCUCAGAGAUACCCUGGUGCUGAGUUUCUAGGUGAUGGGCUGCUUUGCCGCCUGGUGCCACAGCAAGCAGUCUGUGUGUGGCACCAGGGACGUUGCGGAAGCAAGGGCAAGUUAAGCUCCUUAGCUUUUACAGCUACAGCAUGUCAGUGCCUCAGGGGAGGGUGGCAAAAGGUUCAGUAGCACUAUGUAGAUGGAAAACCAAGUGAGCCAUUGGAAAGGUGGCCAGUGGGGCAACAAGGAGAGCUACUGGGAUCUAAAGGGUGGUGUGUGGAGUUACAGGAGGACUUUGGUGUUGAUCCAUUCUGGGGAAUCCACAUGGAAUUGGAGAGAUUUGGGCCUUUAAUUAAUUCUUUAUUGUAAGCUUUGUUUUUUUUUUUAAAUUCUGAUUGUUUAAAAUUGAUGAUUGCCUGCUUUGUAUUUGGACCAAAUACUGUAUUUGGAAAAUAUACCUCAGCAGAACUUCUAGUGUUAAUGUGUGAACUUCUAUGUAGUCUGUAGGACAAAGAGAGAAAUUACAUUGCUAUGGACUGAGUUUUUAGCCUGAAUGAUUCUCUGUUAACUCUGGUAUCAUAUCUGACAGUAGCUAGCACUAGAUUAGGGGAAGCUUCAGCAGAUCUGUGCCAGCAGUAUAGAUGUGGCUUCACCAGCAAGGGACCAGUCCCACCAUCCCCCAAGGGAGGGAGAUCAGUCAGGUUCAGACCGGGGGCCAGAUCGCCACACAAAUGUGUACUGACAGGGUAGGUCCAAAGUCAAGUUCGGAAGUUAGGUUGAGGUCAGGAUCAGGUCUAUGUGCAGUGACUGGGAUCAGUGGUUGCCAGGCAAGUUCAUAGUGGUGAGGCAGGCCUGUGGUCAAGCUGGGAAGUUGUCCAGGAUCUGGGCCAAUGGGUUGCAUGGCUGUGGCACAGCUCAGGCAAGGACCAGGGUGAGAGCUUCAGCUUUAGAGCAGCCUUGAAGGAAAAGAGAGUUGCCUUCACUGAGGCCCUCCAGCAGAGCUGUUUAAGGAUGACUCUCUGCUGAAGUUCCUUCAAGAUUUCUUCAUACCUUCUGUUGACUGGCUGGACUUGAACAGCCAGUUAAGCUGCCAGUGGUAGGAGUGUGCUCCGCUUCCUGACACUCCAGAAUUCUUUAUUCCUAUACAUGUUUGAUUCCUCAUGGAGUCUGCUAAAUCUUUGUCCUCUAAAAUGAACUGUGGUGCUGAGUUCCAUAUUUUAAUCAGUCUGGUCAGAAUCUCAUCCUUUGAUAAGGUUUGGCAUUAGCCAUUUCAGGGUGUCUAUCUUGUACCUAUCAUUUUUUCAGUUAAAUGUUCACAAGAAUUUUGAAUGACAAAAAUGUGAAUUUUCUGUUUACUUCCUCUGACUCUAUAUGUUAAUGACAUAUUUUUAUAACAUAGGAUUUUCUUAUGCUGACCUGGGUCUAAUUCAUCUGCCCAGUCUUUUUCCUGACUGUUGCUUAUUAGUGUCUGACUGUUGUAGUCUUGCUUAGGAGCAAGUACAUUUCAGAUAAAUUUUUACAUUGUGUUUUGGUUUUAAAAAGAGGUGUAAAAUGGCAUGUGUUUUAUUUAAUUAUUAACAAUUUUAAAGAAUUAUUAUAGUAGGUUAGGACUGGUAAUAAUAUCAGUGUCUGGUGCUGUGGUGGUUGAAGAAAAGUGUCAGUGUAACUACAGAUUGCCCUUUCUGCUACCAAAAUAGAUUCCCAGGUUUUCCAGGAAAGAAUAACAAUUAUUUCAACAAUUAAAAAAAGACAAAAUACUACCUAGAUCUAUUCAGAGGGAAGCUGUUUUCUUAAAUGCUUCUAUUCACAUCUUCCAGCACAUGCAAAAAUAUUUCAUUGUAAGACCAUUACUGAUGUUUAUCAAUGAUGUUUCCAAAAAGGGAAACCUGCUGAAAGUAGUACUGGCUUCCUGGUGACUUAAUGAGGUGGUCCAGGCACCUUUCCUUCUGAAGGGUGUUUGAAAACCUCGACUUUACUCAAUAUUUAACAUGUAAAGAACUCUCUCCUCAUGGUGAAAAUCCAGUGUGGCUUUCUGAAACCCAGCAUCCUGUCCAGUGUUGUUCCAAGUUGGCAAACUGCUUACUCUGCAGUUAUCCAAUUGCACAGAUUUUUAACUUGCAGGCAUCUAAUUGAGAAUGACAGAUGAUUACUAGAGGAUAAUGGCCCCUAUAUGGCAGUGUCACAAUCCAUCAGUUUAACCUAUGGUUAAAUGCAAACUGGUUUUUGUGCAGUGUUUCAUAGUGUAUUGCUUGGAGAUGCUGCUGCAGAAAAAAAAGCAGGUUGUGAAGCACGUAUGGCUAUAGAGACUGCAGUUAUGAGAAGCCCCCUGCCUGGCCUGUCUUUAGGAACUAAAUAUUACCUCCAGAACUCAAGUCCCCAGCUGGGGCAUCUGGCAGCAGUUGGUUAAGUGGUUGAAUCAUCUCCUUUGUUUAAGUUCUACUCCACUUCAAAUCUGUCCUUUAUCUUAUUUAUAAAUUUAGGACAGUGUGUCAGUAAAAUAGAUGAAAGAUCAGUAUAUUGUGUCCUGCAAAUGUACAUAAUGAUGAUUCUGGAGCUUUGCUUGACUAACAAAAGGCUCAGGAAUGCAGUGAGUGGGCUUCCCUGCUGCUUUGUGGCAAAGCAGAUGGGGCUGUAAUAACUUAAUGCUCUUCUUUUGUUUCCAGAAGGAUUCUGGAGUUGAUGAAUGGAGACAGAAUGCCAUUCCCACAAGUAGCAGGGAUUGUGUAUUUCAGCCUUUGGCUUCUUUGUCUGAAAUACUCACCAAAGUCCAUUCAGUUUGUGGUGGUGUUACUCGCCCUGGGCAGGCAAUGUUUCCUACCCAGUGGGGUGUCUAGAACACACAGGAAGCCCAGAGAGGAGCUGUGUAGUGCAGGACCUGCAAGAUGAGGAAAGUGGCUUGCUGUACAGAUGUUGGUGGGGCAUGCCCAGUGAUGGCUGUGGAUAUGAUCCACUAAACUUGUACAGCAGCAUUGGGGAUGACAGUGGAAGUCUUCCCAGGAGCUGAGUGUAAGCUUAUGGAGAAAGGGGAAUUGUGGUAGAAGGCAAAUGAAGAGGAAGAAGAUGACAGUGGAUGCAGAUGCGCAAGAAGUUUGGGAGCUGGGGGGAGCAAUUAGCAUGAUGGUUGUAGUACGGUCCUUUUGGGCUCUUUGGUUAGUUCAGCAGUGUGCUGCUGGGGGUAGGGUGAAGGAAACCAAGAUUCAGAGUUGUUGAGUUAUAGUGGAUUUUGGAAACCCUUCCAGUCUUUUCCUACUGAAAUCAGAACAUCCCACUCACCACAGCACUUUAUUCAGGCACUGUGGGAUAAGCUGUGGGAUAAGCUGUGGGAUCCCAGAUCCUAUUCUGUUUGAGGACAAAACCCAAGAGCGCAGGUUUUGGGCUUCCCACCCCUCUUCCCUGCUAUAUGAGGAUAAGAAACUUAAGCAGACAAGCCAGGAGAGAGUAAUAGUAUAGUCCAUCCAGCCUCCUAGCAGAGGGAAGCCAUGCUGCUCAGCAUGACUUCCCUCCUUCCUGAGACAGCCCUAGGCAACAUGCUUUACCCUAGCUGUCUGUGACUUACACUCUAUCUGGUAGACUUAACUAAUUUUUUUGAACUUGAGAAUCUGGACUCUAGACUUAAAGAUGUUUUAAAUGUUAGCCAUUGAUUAAGACAGAGAGGAGAAAAUUGCUUCUCUCAGAGGAGAUGCCACACAUUUAUGUGCUCCUUAUGAAAGUCCUCACUGGGUGUUCCCUGGCAUCCAAGGUUUUCAAGUACAAGUUGGCAGUACUCAUAUUUGUCUGCUUAUUCUUAGUUUGUCUGCUAGAUUGGCUGCCUGUGAGAAAUGACAUUAGGGUCUGACAACCUCUGGAAAUUAUACAUUUGUUCUGAUACACUAUUUUAUUACUAGUGAAGCAAGAAAAUGUAACUUCAUUUUUGUUCUCGGGUGCUGUGACAAAUUUAUGUUCCUUCAACUAUGAAAUUUUCAUUUUUUAAUUUUCAGCUUGAUUUUCACUUGAAUGAUGAAACACAAGUAGAAGAUUAACAUAUUUUUACAUGAAGAAAAAACUCCUUAAGACUUUGUUUUAAUGAGCAAUAAAUGUACAAUUGGUAACAGAUUUUUAUCAAGAAUAAUGUUUUCUCCUAAAGUCUCAGCUCUUAUACACAUGAUCCCAAAUAACCUUGAUUCCAAAAGGCAAAUAAAAAGACCACACACGA